AUAUUUAACAGCCCACCGCAGCGCUGUGCACCCACAUACUUCAACCCUAAAAAGAUAUGUGUGUAUUCACUGUUCCCUGCCGUGUGACUCGAAGAAAGCGCUCACUCAACAUUUAAAGGUGCACGGUGUGAAGUCCAGUUUCCUCUGCGAUGUGUGUGGCAAGACUUUGUGCAGCGCUGAACAGCUCAAGUUCCACAAGAGAAUGCAUUUGGGAGAGAAACCCUACACGUGCAGCACGUGCAACAAAUCGUUCUCGAAGAAGUACAACUUGUCCGUGCACGAGGCCGGGCACGCGCGCGCGCGCGCGCACGCGUGCUCGUGCGGACGCCGCUACUCGCAGCGGAGCACGCUGCUCAGACAUUAUAACAGCAUACGACGGAUCAUGGUCAUCAGAUCAGCCUUGCACAUCGGUCAGCUUGAAGAAUGGUCGUGUUAGGUGGCGACAGAGACACAAGCUGGCCAGGUUCAUGUGCUUCCAUGGCUAUGUCCUGGUCGGGAGCCGGUACGCCUCAUGCGUCAACGGGGAGUGGGACUCGCCAAUGCCUGUUUGCGUGCGACCCGGCUGCACAAUGCCUAACAUAGAGCAUUCCUUGAUCAUGGAGAGGCACCAUGACGCGUGGCUCACCAUAUUCUGUCUGCCUGGGUAUGAAAGGAAGGGACCUUCGGUGAUGUACUGCGACGGCAGGCGAUGGAAUGGCACAGCUCCCACGUGUGAAGAUGGCAAAACUGCACAAUCGCUGCAGCUGAGCUGUGACUUCGAGAAGCCCGACAUCUGUAGCUGGCAGCAGGAUGAGCUCCAUGACUUCGACUGGAAGCGGCUGAACACCAGAACACCCAGUUCCUUCUUAAACACUGGCCCCCCUCACGAUCAUACUUACGGGAAAAAUGGAUCAGGUUACUACAUGUACAUAGAGAGUACAUCGCGGAUGGAGAAUGACACGGCCCGUCUCAUCUCCCCUGUGUAUCCAAAGGUUUUGAUCAAGGAUGGUUGUUUCUCAUUCUACUACCAUAUGUUUGGGAGGAGUAUAGGAGGCCUCAGGGUGUAUCAGAAGCCAGAUAGCUUGCCAAUAGAAAUGCUAUUGAAGAUGUCGGAGAGCGAGCGACAGCAGAUCCUACUGUUCGAACUUUGGGGGAAUCAGGGGGACACCUGGUACAGAGACGUUACUACGUUAAAGAACCAGUCCGAAGAUUUCCAGAUAGUCAUUGAGGGGCUGCGAGGUUGGAGUUACACCAGUGACAUAGCAAUAGACGACGUGGCCAUCCUCCAAGGACAAAACUGCUCCAUAGCCAAGCAACAGGCUUCUACACCACCAGAUUUCAAUUCCGAGACCUGUUUGAACCGAUGCAACUUAAUGGGCGACUUCGAAAACACUGGAUCUUGCGAAUGCUCGCUGCAGUGCAUCGAUCACCAUAAAUGCUGCGCGGAUUUCUUCGAAGUGUGCGUUUUUAAUGGCGACACACCGACAACAGAUGAUGACAAAGCUAGUUCGGGAGAUCUGCCACAGACAGAGAAACUGGUGGCUUCCAACGUUUCAGCUUCAACUGAACGUACCCCAGACCAGACUGUUGUUCCUACCACCGUGAAAAGUACAAUAAAAACUACUACAAUCCGAGCUAACACUCCUAUAAUAACUACUACGAAAGCUGUUAAAACUACUACUACUAAAAGUACUACAACAAAACGGAUAAAUACUUCACCAAAAAUGCGAAAGCCAAAUGUUACGACGAUUAUAAAAGUUAUUACAACGACAAUUAAACCUAUAAGUAAAACUACUACUAUUGGAGUGAAUACUACUAUAAAAGCAUUCAUUCCAUCAAAAAUUGCUUAUCCGACAAAAAAUUCAGGCUGGCACACUUCCCUGCUAGUAAUCGCCAGUUUGUGUUGCUUCGUCGGGCUGGUGUGGGCGGUGCACGAAGCGCGGGGGCCGCGGGGCCGCGUGUUGCUGGCGCGGCUGCGGGGCCGGGCCCGCGGGGACCCCGAGGUGCGGUACCUCAACUCCGACGCUGAUCAUUCAUGAUAAUAAAUUAUUUCUUGGAA